AUGGAUUCCAGUUCCUACACCGAUAAUCAGGAAUCAAGGACCAAAAGCGAUGAAGGACUGUUCAAAGACUUGGCCAACAUCUUAUAUAAAUUGUUUACCAUUCUGGCCGCGUUGGUAGCACUGAACUACACAGAAACUGCUUUGCAACUUAUUUCACCAAACAUUGCUAUCAUCACUUUUGCUUUGUGGCUCAUUGUCAUUAUAGUUGUUGUCGUAUCUAAUUAUCGAUUCCAAAGAGAGAUUACUAGGGAUAUAGUUGCUGCUGACAGCAACGAUGUUGUUGAUGCACUUAUUCCGCGCUCCCAGACGAGUGCGGAAGAUGUUUUGAAGAAAAUGAGUCAUAAUGGAGAUGGAAAUUGUAAGGGUGUUGAAUCGGAGAUGGAAAAAGUCUUCAACAAAUUGGAUACCAACUGUGAUGGAAAAAUCUCGAUUUCAGAUCUGAGAUCGGUAAUGGAAAAACUUGGUCAACCGGCAACAGACGAAGAGAAUAAAACCAUGAUUCGCGAGUUCGAUGAUGGAGAAUCUAUUACGCUUCAAGAGUUUAUUGACCUAAGCAUCACAAAUGUUGAUUCUGAUGAGGAAGUAGAUAACCUCCGGGAUGCGUUUUCUGUUUUUGACGUUGAUGAGGAUGGUUUCAUCACUGCAGAGGAGCUCGAAACGAUGAUGAAAAGCCUUGGCGAGGAUAGCUCGUUGGCCGAAUGUAGAAAAAUGAUUGGUGGUCUUGACAGUAAUGGUGAUGGCAGGAUUGAUUUGGAAGAAUUUCGAGUUAUGAUGAUGGGUUCUCGGCGUUAA